AUGCUGGGAUUAAUAAAACAAGCUAAUCAGAUUGCUUGCAAGUCUUGUGAUGAAUUAUUUAUUAGUUUACUUGAAACAUAUAUUAAUAACAAAAAUAAAGAAGCACUUGAAUUUGAACAAUUGAACCAAAAUGUUGAUCAAACAGAUUCAAGUAAAAUUGACCAAGAAAACGUUAAUAAAAUUGGAAAUCCUUUAAUCAGAUGUCCUAAAGGAAGGCCAGCAGGAACUGCAAGAUUUAAAGGACCUUUGGAAACCUCUAAUGCUGAUAAUCGAACUCAGAAUAAGUGUGGUUUAUGUAAUAAUGUGAGACAUAAUCGUGCAAUGUGUUCAUCAAAUCCUGGUCAGAAGAAAAGAAGGCAAGAAGUGUGA